GCUAUAUGUUUUUUUACUAAUGGUUUGCACAAAAUCUUGCAUUAUGGGUAUAUUCAAUUGUAUGCUUUAUGACCAAUUGCUUGUGAUGUUCGUCAUUUGUUGGUCACUUUGGAUGAAAGUACCUACUUUAGGGAUGGGCAGCUUCAGUCCUGGAGGGCCACUGUCUUGCAGAGUUUAGUGUUAACCAACUGGAAUGGUAAUUGAAGAUUUUUAGGUCAGUUGUAUCAGUAUCUUCAUGCUUCAUGCAAAAUGUAUGUAUGAUGUUAAAGAUUCAUUACACGCUCCGAUCUCCAAACAAUUAUGGUAUUAUUAAAAAUAGUUAGAUCACGUGUCAGCAGCAUGGCAUUGUUUGAAAUAUUUACUGUUGCGAAUUGUUUACAUUGUAUUUUUUUGAAGUACUGUGCGUUGUAGAAUGUUCUGUUUCCAUAUUUGCAUAACCCAUGAAUGAUAGUACAUUUGAUGAACACAGAUUUAACACCUUACUGCACUUGUAUACGGUGCUCUACAGGAAAUCGUGGCCAACCAGAACCAGAAGUGUCAAAAAAUCUCUAGAAAGUGCGAACUCAGGUGUGUUUGAUGUUAAAACAGAUGAAAUGAAGUCAGUGUCAGUGAUGGAGGGAGAUUCUGUCUCUCUACACACUGAUGUUAAAGUACAGAGAGAUGAUCAGAUACUGUGGACGUUUGGACCUCAAAACACUCGAAUAGCUGAAAUCAUUAAAAGGGACCAAAUAAACUUAAUUUUUGUCAGUAAUGGCGGGAGAUUCAGAGACAAAUUACAGCUGAACAAUCAAACCGGAUCUCUGACCAUCAACAACAUUAGAUCUGAACACACUGGACUUUAUAAACUGACUGUCAUCAUCAGUGGAAAAACCUCAUUGAAGAGCUUCAGUGUUACUGUGUAUGCUCCUCUUCCCACUCCUGUCAUCACCAGAAACUCUUCAAACUGUUCUUCAUCAUCUGAAAGAUCAUCCGUGUCCAGAUGUUCACUGCUGUGUUCAGUGUUGAAUGUGAGUCAUGUGACUCUCUCCUGGUACAAAGGAAACAGUUUAUUGUCCAGCAUCAGUGUGUCUGAUCUCAGCAUCAGUCUCUCUCUUCCUCUGGAGGUGGAAUAUCAGGAUAACAACACCUACAGCUGUGUGCUCAACAAUCCCAUCAGAAACCAGACUCAACAUCUGGACAUCAGUCGAUUCUGUCACACAUGUGCAGAACAUCGCCGUUCCUAUUCCAUACCAGUGGUAGUUGGUAUAUUGUUGGUGGCCAUAAUUGCAGUUUUGGGAGGGAUUUUGUUGUGGCACAUGAGGAACCAUAAACAAGCACCACAAACUGUUGAAAAUGAAGACAUACAUUAUGCUACAGCAACAUUCAUUGCACAACCUUUACACCAUACGAAACCUGAUGGAGAAGAUAAGAUAGUGUACUCAAGUGUUGCAACACCUAAGGAGAAAAAUUUGCAAUAUUUGUGAUGUUUUGGCUUAAAAAAAUCUAACUGCCAUAUAAAGCAGUGUUUCUCAACUGAAACUGGUGGUUUGUGAGCCCAAUAUUUUGGGAUAUAUGUGAGGGAUGCAAUGUUGCAUGCAGUUAUUAAAAUGCAGUAUGUAAAAGUGAAAUCAUUUUAUGACAAGUGAUUUGGAAAUGGAAGGAUUUAGAAACUAAAAUAGCUAUCAUAUUCAGCAUAUUUCAUGUUAAUAAUUGACUCAUUGUAAUAUUAAUCCAUUUCAGCAUUUGAUCUUAUUUUAGUAGUAUUACUGUCACUUUAGUAUUAUUAGCAAUUUGGGUCAAAAUGUCUGAUGUAAAACUUGGGUCCUCAAAUGAAACCAGUUGAGAACCACUGAGUUAGACUACAAAUGUAUUAUGUUUUAGUUAUUUAUUUCCACACUGCCAUUUCAUUGUGUUAUUCAUCAAACAUCAAAGAAAAGUCAGACUUUCAGCUGAGUUUUCGAAGACCAUUACUGACAGAUAACAGUACAAGGAGCCAUGUAUUUUAGGGACUUUUUGACACUUUGGGACACUCUGGUAGCUCCUGAACUACUCUGUCUUAAAAAGGUCUGAGAAAGAGUGGAUUCAGUAACAGCUUCAUAAUGCACAAGAACUGCAUACACAGCUGAGUUAACUUGUCUAGUCUUGAUCACUUGAGCUCAUGCUACAGCUGCCUUAAGGCUUCAGUAUUUGUGUAUUUUAUAUUUCAGCAUUAUUUUAUGAACAUUGUACUGAAUUGAAUGAAAUUAAAUAAAUGUGUGUUAUGCUUUA